GGGUGCCUGGAAGAGGCGAUUUCUCUUUCCCCCCAGCCUUUAACCUUCCUCUCGGAGGCUGCAGUUCUAAGCGGCGCGGCCGAGAGAGCAGCAGCAGCCGCCGCCGCAGCAGCAGCAGCAGCAACGGGAGCGUCCAGUAGCUGCGCGUCUGCAAGGGACCGGGCGAGGGAUCGUGCCCCUCUUCUUCUUCUUCCUCCUCCUCCUCCUUAUUCUCUUCUUGUUCGCCUUCCUCGUAUUCUUCUCCCCUUCAGAGCCUGGCGAGGGCUGAGUGGGCAUUGCAUCGAACCCGCCCCCCUCCCCAGAGCCCUCUGCCUUGGCUCCCCCUCCUUCCUUCCCCCCCCCCCCACUAAAGGCAGAGUUGUAAAAGGGAUGCUGGGCGAGCAAGAGACGGAAGAGCCCCGGUCCAAGAAAGUCGCCGCCGCACCAUCAGCCGCCGCAGGAGCAGAGGAGGCGGAGAAAGGCAGCCGGAGUAGCGGCGCCGUUGCCACCGACGCCUGGCCGCGUUUCCUGCCCGGCUUUGUAAACUGAGAGGCUCAAAACCAUCCUUCGCCUGCGCUUCCCCACGAGUUCCUCCGAGAUUUAAAGAAAAAAAAAACAUUAAGGAAUAAAGAAGGAAUGUGAUUGGCCUCCGCACAGACAACUAGCUUGCAUCUGAGGUUGGGGGGGAAAUCAUCACUUCAGCAUCAUAUUGUACUGCCAUCAUGAGAACUUAUCAUUGCUUCUGGCUCCUCUUCUGGUUUGGUCCUCUUCACCAAAGUUAUUCUACACCGUUAUCCCAAAAAGCUACUGGUUUUCCAGAAAACCUAAAGGUUUUGGAUUUAUCUAGAAACAGCAGAAAGGAACUUAGUCGUUCCAAAAGAAGUUGGAUGUGGAAUCAGUUCUUCCUUCUAGAGGAAUACACAGGCUCUGAUUAUCAGUACGUUGGCAAGCUUCACUCUGACCAGGAUAAAGGAGAUGGUUCACUCAAGUACAUCCUUUCCGGAGAUGGAGCAGGGGACCUCUUCAUCAUCAAUGAAAACACUGGCGAUAUUCAGGCCACGAGAAGACUUGAUAGAGAAGAAAAACCUGUUUACAUUCUUCGUGCUCAGGCUAUCAACAAAAAGACUGGGAGGCCGGUGGAACCAGAAUCAGAGUUUAUCAUUAAGAUCCACGAUAUCAAUGAUAAUGAGCCCCUGUUUACAAAUGACAUUUACAAUGCCAGCGUCCCAGAAAUGUCUGAUGUAGGGACAUUUGUCAUGCAAGUCACUGCAACGGAUGCCGAUGACCCCACGUAUGGGAACAGCGCUCGAGUUGUCUACAGUAUUCUCCAGGGGCAGCCAUAUUUUUCUGUUGAGUCUGAGUCAGGGAUCAUCAAGACAGCUUUGCUGAACAUGGAUCGAGAAAACCGGGAGCAAUAUCAAGUAGUCAUCCAAGCCAAGGAUAUGGGAGGCCAGAUGGGUGGAUUAUCAGGAACCACCACGGUGAACAUCACAUUGACUGAUGUCAAUGACAAUCCACCCCGCUUCCCCCAGAGUGCCUAUCAAUUCAAAAUACCAGAAUCUGCACCCCCUAAUUCACCGAUUGGACGGAUAAAGGCUAAUGAUGCUGAUGUGGGUCCCAAUGCUGAGAUGGAAUAUAGCAUUCUUGAUGGAGAUGGCUCAGAAAUGUUCAGGAUGACUACAGACAAGGACACGCAAGAGGGCAUCGUAAUUGUAAAAAAGGCUUUGGAUUUUGAAAAGCGGAGACAGUUUACUCUAAAAGUGGAAGCUAGCAAUCCUCAUGUGGAUCCCAGAUUCCUCUAUCUGGGACCCUUCAAGGACAUUACUACUGUCAGAAUUCAAGUAGAGGAUGUAGAUGAACCUCCAGUCUUCAGCAGACCAGCUUAUAUAUUAGAAGCAAAGGAAGAUGUCCUGAUAAACACCGUCAUAGGUGCUGUAACAGCACGGGAUCCUGACAGUGCAAAGAACCCUAUCAAAUAUUCUGUGGAUCGGCAUACUGAUAUGGACAGAAUAUUCAACAUUGAUUCUGGAAAUGGAUCAAUAUUUACUUCCAAACCUCUCGACCGAGAAAUGUUAUUGUGGCAUAACAUUACAGUAAUAGCUGCUGAAAUCAACAACCCAAAAGAAAGUAGCCAAGUCCCAGUAUUUAUUAAAGUUCUGGAUGUGAAUGACAACGCCCCAGAGUUUGUCAUGUUUUAUGAGACCUUCGUCUGUGAAAAUGCAAAGGCUGAGCAGCUCAUCCAGACCCUAAGUGCAGUUGACAAAGAUGAUGCUUUUGGUGGGCAUAAAUUCUCAUUCGCUUUGGCCCCAGAAGUAGCCAGUAGCUCCAAUUUCACCCUUCGGGACAACAAAGAUAAUACAGCUGGAGUUUUCACAAAGAAAAUGAGAUAUAGCCGUCAUGAAAUGAAUACAUACCUCCUACCAGUGAUAAUCUCGGACAAUGAGUAUCCGGUUCAGAGUAGUACGGAGACGGUGACAAUUCGAGUGUGUGCCUGUGACCAAAGAGGCAAAAUGCUCUCCUGUAAUGCUGAAGCCCUGAUCCACCCAACUGGCCUUAGCACAGGCGCAUUGAUCGCAAUUCUCCUUUGUAUAAUUAUAUUGUUAGUUACCGUGGUGCUGUUUGCCGCUUUGAGACGGCAAAGGAAGAAGGAGCCUUUGAUCAUCUCUAAAGAGGACAUCCGAGAUAACAUUGUCAGUUACAAUGACGAAGGUGGUGGAGAGGAAGACACUCAAGCCUUUGAUAUUGGCACGCUGCGGAAUCCUGAAGCCAUAGAGGACAAUAAAUUGCGCCGAGACAUUGUGCCCGAAACGCUGUUCAUGCCACGCCGGACUCCAGUGGUACGAGACAACACUGAUGUCAGAGAUUUUAUUAGCCAAAGGUUAAAGGAGAAUGAUACAGACCCCACUGCACCCCCUUAUGACUCAUUAGCUACAUAUGCAUAUGAAGGCAGUGGCUCAGUUGCUGACUCUCUUAGCUCUUUAGAGUCAGUGACUACAGAUGGAGACCAGGACUAUGAUUACCUCAGUGACUGGGGACCUCGUUUUAGGAAGUUGGCCGAUAUGUAUGGUGGUGAAGACAGUGAUAAAGACUCCUAAUAAUGUUGCCUUUUCCUUUUUUUCCAAGAAACAGCAGUGAAAUGUGUGAUGUUGCUACUUCUUUCUAUAUAUCAACCAUUCUCGGAAAGGGUUCUCUAUCCUCCCGGUUCAGAUUGUUUCCUGACUGCAGUCUUUGUGGAUCUAAUGUCAUUCCCACUGUAAUUUCAGCUUCCAAGAGAGGAAGAAACCCCACAUUAUUUUUUAAUCGCAUUUUUAUUUAGGCAGUUCAAUGGCCAAACAGCAAAGAAAUUGAGGGAGAAACACCUCCCCCCAAACAGAAAUGAAAUGCUAGUUUUAAUAUGUUUCUGCUAAUUUUGUAAAUGGGAUGAUCUUAAUGUUAUAGCUCAUCAAAUAACCUAUAUUUUAAUUAGUCACCUGAGACACAUAUUUCUGAAAAUUAUAUAUUGGAACACCCUAAUUUAAGGAAAUGGUAUUUCAUAUAUUAUAGGGAAAGAGUGUAGGUCUUUUAAAAGCUACAAGGGAGCUACAGGUAGUUCUCACUUGCUCAUGGCAUUUAAAGUUAUGAUGGCACCAAACAGGUGGAUUUAUGGCCGGUUCUUGAAGUUGUGCCGUCAUAGCAUCCCCAUGAUCACUUGAUUGCAAUUUCGGCACUUGAUUGCAACCAACCUGCAUUGACAGCUGUUGCAGCAUCCCACAAUCACUUGAUCAUCGUUUGCAACCUUCACUCUGGCUUCCCACAAGCAAAAUCAUGCCAGUCAUGAUCACAAGCAAAAUCAAUAGGGAAGCCAGCAGGAAAUUGCCAGUCAUGAUUACAUAACAACUGGCUUAACAAUCAUGUGGGAUUCAUUUAACAACAGCAACUGGAAGUGCUAGAACUGCCACUGUUAAGUUGGCCUGGUCAUGUGGGGAUUGGUUUUACAACUGCAUCACUUAACGAUGGGGUUCUUGGUUCCAGUUACUAUCAUUAAGGGAGAACUACCUGUAAGAUACUUUAAGUAAUUCAAUGAUCUUUUGAAUGCUAGUGUUAAUUUUGAAUUGGUCACUUUCCUCAAACUAUUAAAACAUAAUAAUAAUAAUGGACAAUCAGGAGUUAGAAGAAAGGAGAGAGAUAUUUGUGUAUAUAUGUGCCUGAUAAGUGGUCCUAGCCAGUUCAGUAUGUGGGCUACAGUAAUGUACUUCAAGAGAUAUUCUAUUCCUGGAAAGUAGUCUACUAGGUAAUGUAUAGAAUUUAACAACGUAUAUCAAGAAAGCAGAGUAUUGCUGAAAGUACAUGUAUGGAUUUCAAGUAAACCAAAUUAAUAAUAAUAAGAGCAGAUCAAUUGAAACAAAGAAUUUCAAGUUAGAAAUGACUAAAUUAAUUCCCACUUAUUUUGGUUGCUCUAUUUUAAACAGGACUGAAUCUGGAUCCAAUAUAUAAUAUAUAAAGAGGGUUCCUUAUCUAUGUUUUGUGAGCUCAAUUCAUAUUAAUUAUUGCUGAAUACCAGCUCAUACCAGCAAAACAAAAGCUAUCAUGUUCUCUUUAUCACUUGCUCAGCUGGUGGAUUGCUGUUAUUUCUACCUCCUCCUUCUUAAUAAAAUACUCUGGUACUAGUGCCUAGGAUUAACCUGACAGCAGGUACUAUAUUGUGCAGUGAGGAAAGGGCAUGGGAAAAUAAGGAACUAGUACUACAGUAGUGCCUGGCUAAGCACGCAGCAGGAAAUUGUAUUUGUUAUGAUCUCGCCUUGCAAUAAUAAUUCAGUUCAACCCUGGUUCAUGCUGCUAAAUCACUGCUGAGCAAAGCCAUACCAACUAACAAGAAUUUGUAUUGGCCAUGAGGUGCCUCAGAGCUGGCUUUGUAUAGGAUUGAAAUAUGAAACAAGGGCAGAUGUUACAAAGAAUCAAGAUUUUUAGGAAAAAAGCAAUGAAAUGGAAAACAGGAACAAGACGCAAAGCAAGGCUAUCUGAACUAUCUGAAACUCAGUUGCAAUGAGCAUGCUGAAAUGAGCAGCGAAAGCUUUGAACAAUAUAACAUGCUUGAACUACCUUGGCAGAAUGGCUCCUUGGCUCACUCAUCUGCCUCACAAUCAGCACCACAAAGAGGUCUAAUAGGAGUUCCUUAUGAGCUAUUUGUUUUAUUUAAUGGCAGCAUUUUAAAACAAAUGUUUGUAUUUUUUUCCCCUUCAUUUUUGAAUAUCGUAGAUCCAAGCUUAUGAAAAUGAUUUAGAUUCUUUUAAUUAUAGGAUUUCCGCUUCUGUAAUUACUAUUGCAAUAUUUAUAUUAUUUGUGUGUGUCUGUGUGUUUGUGUGUCUGUGUUUGUGCACGCACAUGUACACAAUUCCAUUUAGGUGUUCCUGAAUUCAUUUAAUCUAAAUUCCAUAGACAAAGGUGCCCAUUAAUUGUUAAUCAGUUCUUUUUGCAUCUCUAGAAAAUACCUGAUAUAGUCACAAAACAGCUUUUCAGUAUUACAGUUAAUAGUUCACUGAGACCCAGUCAGCUGAAAAAGUUGUCUAAAAAAUUUUCUAAGAGUUUACACAGAAGGUCAGAGGGACACUGAAUCAGACCCACCUAUUAUGCUGUGUUAAAAACACUACACUGCUAUCAGAAAAACUCAAUAAUGUAAUCCUAGGCAUAUCUAUUCAUAACUGAGCUCCACUGAUUCAUUAGAGACUUUCAAACAGUAUUGUUUUGUACCCUAAUUUUUACUAAAACUUUAAGCCAGUAGUUCUCAACUGUGAUCCACAGACUCCUGGGGGUGGAGCGUGCAAUGUCAUCAAAAGGGGUCUGUGAAAGCUUGAAGAAAUAUUAUGAUUUAAAUCUUGAGUUAAAUCUUGGUGGUGCAUGGCCACGGUCCAUGGCCACAAAAGGUAUUUAAAGGGUGUCCGUGGUGAAGGAAAGGUUGAGAACCACUGCUUUAAGCCAUGAACCCAAUUACUUGUUAUUUGAUUGCCAGAAUCUCUCUUUUAAAUCUGUCCAAUUUUAGGUACAUAGUUUAAAAAACGAUAUAUUGGGGGGUUUGUUAAAGUUUUUUAAGAAAAAUACUGAAUUUGUUUUUUUCCUCAUCCAGUAAUUUUUGCUUUUCUUUAAUAACAUCUUAAAGAUGUGAAUAAAAAAUAUGACCCCCAAAGUAGGUUUUGUAAGCAUUUCCAGAGCAUAUCUGCUGAAUCUAUGUUUGUUUGUUUUUAAAUAGCUGAUUGUUCCAUUUUGAAGCAGAUUGGCAUCUUUGGGACCCUCCAAUGCAUAGCACUUGCCUUUGUGUUCUCACAACUUAACCCAGCUUCAACAGCUGAGUCAAUCAUUUUCAGCUCAGCUGAGACUCAAAUCCCAGAGAACAAUUCUUCAGAACUCCAAGAAAUUUGAGAUAGGAGGUUUCAAAUUGGUAGUUAUCUCUCAAAUCUUCCAGCCUGUCCUCUCCUGCUGAAACUAAGUUUGUAUGGAACUAUGCCAUUUCCCUCUUGAGGAUGCAUUGAAUUGAGAAGCAAAUUGCCCAUUAUACUAAACAGUGACUGGAGUGUAUUUUCUUUGUUCUUGUUGUUGCAAAAAAGGAAAAACAAAAACAACUAUAAGCAGCUAUGGGACACUAGCUAUGUGUUUACCCUUCUGUUGCCUUAUUAGUAAGCUACAAGGAACAUGGGCGGCUGGUAAACAAAGAAUGGCAUAGCAAUGGGAAUAUAGUAUGUAUAGGGCAGUAUGGAAAAGAUUCUGAGAUUAGAGGUAAAAGUAGCUAUGUAGAAAUUCCCUUUGUUUUUGGACAUUAUGGUUCACUAUUUUAAAAAACUGCUAGGUCUGUUUUGGCAAAGAGGACUGAGAAAUGCAGGUAUAUGCCCUAUUAUAUUUCCCAACUUGAUGUCUUCCAGAUGUGUGGUGCUGCUAAUGUCAUCAUUUUAUGAUAAACUAUACUUACCAAGACAGGAUGGGAGUUAUAGAUAACCCAGUGGAGAGUUAAGUUGGGGAACACUAUCAUAUACUAUAUGUAAUGAAAUCAUUCUUCAUUUGUUUUCAUUUAAAAAAAAAAAUAGAACAAAAUAAGACCAAUGUGUUUCUGAUCUUAUGAUGCAAGUAAGAAAAUCAAAUCAAAGAGUGUAUAAGAUCCCAAAGUAAUCAGCUAAAUAUUUCAGAAUUUAUACACCUCUUGACAUAUGCUAUUUUAAGGAGAUCAACUCUACAGAAUGCUGUAGAAUUGCAAAUAACCAAAUAGCAACUUUAGUGACAUUUAACAAAAAAAAAAUUAAGUAUAAUCACCUGACAAUUUUCAAAUAAUUUAUUUUAUGGUACAAAUGGAUUGAUUUAUUUUGUGGAACCAGUUACUAAUAUUAAGUGUGCGUACACUGAUUUGAAGUAAAAGAUGUAGAUUUGGAGUUGAUAAUGAAGGAGCAAUAAGGAACAAUCAAACAGAAUGAAAUUUAAUUUAUAAGUAGACAUUUUGAGGGAAUUAAAAAAAACAGUUAUUUAGCCAUAUUAGUUAUACCUAAAAUGAGUGUGCAUAGCAUGCUAAGGUAAAAUGUGGUAUAAUUUUGAUUUAGGGUAAUGAGUGAAUCUAGACAUCAUGGUUUAUAAUCCAAGAUUUAUAAUCUAAAAUUAUUUGUGAAUUGGACCACUGUAGCUGAUCCCACAAAACAUAAUUAAAGCAAUCACUUCACGGUGAUAAUUCACGGUGAUGAAUGUGCCCAGUCUUCAAGUGGACAGUUCAAUGAAAAUGUCAGCUGCACAGCUGCACCAAAAAAAGUGCCAAAUUCUUUUGUACUUAACAUUAUUUAGGAAGAGAACAGAACAUAGAACUACCAAUAUAAUAAUUCCCUUAAAUAAAUUUGUGGGAGAACAAAUGUAGGUAUUGUGUAUAAUCCUGAUCACAACAGAGUUAGGAGGUAGAUGCCAAACUGGUAUGUGUAGAGUUCUUUAAAGCAGGCUAUUGCAGAGCUAGGAAAGUUACAAAAAGGGCAACUAAAAUUAUUAGGAGACUGAGGUAACUCCCUUAUAAGAAAAGACUACACAAAUUUCAAGCUGUUUAGCUUGAAAUUGAGGAGGGUAAGAGGAUAGAUGUUAUGGGUAUAUAAAAUAAUGCAUGGCAUACAUAAAGUGUAGGGAGAAUUUUUCCCUCUCUCCUAUAGUUAAGUCUCAAGAUCAUUCAUUGAAACUAAAUUCAGCAGAAAAUUAGCCUAUCUUUAACUUUCUGUUCUUAAUCACAGUGGCAUUAAAAGGUAUAUGUACAAUGAUGUCACAAUGUAAACUCUACCCUUUCAUACCAGCAAUACAAUAUUAUAUGCAAGAGCAUAAGGGAUAGAGUUUGCUUUGUUAUGUCAUGUAACAUGUGUUGUCUUCAUGUCUCUUUUGCUCAUUCAUGCAGAACCAUGGACCAAACACAGGGAGGAGAUGAGAGAGAAAGAAAGAGAGAGGUGCCAUAGCAUCUUGUUAAACUGAAAUUUGUUGUAAGCAUUUGGAGAAGCUUCAAGGGAGACUGAACAGGUUCAUCAAAGAACAGGUUAUCAAUGCCUGCUGAUAUUGAUGGUUCUUUACUCCUGACUCACAGCAUUCUCCCUUAAUACCGGCUGCUGAAAAGUAACAAUGAAAGAGAAUAAUGGCUCAUCAAACUUGCGUGCCAAAUGCAUGUAGUUGAUCAGUUGUGCCACAAAAAAAUGCUGGGUUAGAUAGCCUGUGUUUGAUAAGGUUCUUUGUAUGAUAUGCAGCUUCUGAAAUGUAAAGCUAGAGGCUAACCAUUUGUCAGCCCACUUAAAAGCAGUGUUAAAUUGGUUGAAAUCAGAGGUAUGUAGAAAACAGUGUUCUCUAUAAUGCCACGUGUUGGCCAUAGAAAAGGGGGUUCCUUAAACCCUCUUUCGCCAAAUGAGUCAAACAGUUUAGGAUACUGUGUGUAUGCUAUGAAGACGAUGUUUGCCCAUUUCCUCCUGAUACAGCAGAUUUCCUUUGAUGGCUCAGGUUAAUUUAGCCAGGAUUAUUGACACUAAUUCUGGGACAUCUGAUGGCUUAACUAGAAGGCUCUUUCACCACCUCCUGGAAUUACUGACACUAAGUACCAGCUAUUUGAGCCAGAAGUUUGCAUUUUAUUGAUGAAAUGUUUCGCCUUGUCAAUAAAAUGACAGUAAGCCACCCACAGCUUGUGCAUAAAUAUUAUAUAAACUAUUUAGCAUACUGGCAUCAAAAUUAAGACGCCAAACUGAAUUUAAAAAAAUGAAUUAUGGUCUUCUCUGGAGGCUGACACAUUAUGCAUUAAUCACCUGAAGUUUCUUAUUCGUGCAAUUUACGAGCAUGGAUUUUUCCAAUAAUAGGCCCUGUCUGGGCAUUGGUUCAUAUUUUUUGAUAUAUGACUAAGACCUUUAGAUUUUCUCCUCAGGCAACAGAAAAUGCAACUCAAAGCAAAAUUCCAUGAACUCUGAGUGCCAGCAUGGAACAACAACAAAA